AUGUUGUCUUCCGCUUUACUCUCACUGGCGGUGUUGGCGCUAUUUACGAAUCAAGUGAAUGCAUGGACAGAUCCCUUCUUCGUUAUUCAACACGGUCCAGAUAUCAUAACCAGUCGUAUUGAUCCUGUCAUUUCCCCUGGAGGAAUCUCUUCGCAUGUUCAUUCGAUUGUGGGAUCAUCGUCGUUCAAACCUACUUACACAUACGAAAACUCGAUAGCGGGAAAAUGCACCACCGCCAAUAUAGCCAUCGACCAUUCGAAUUAUUGGAUACCUCAACUAUACAGGAAGAGGGAUGAUGGCAAGUUUGAUCUGGUAAAGAUGAACAGGGCUAACACUUAUUACCUCCUAACUUAUUGUGAGAGAUCAGAUGAGACGGUAUGUUGCUUCACUUACUCUUUGACGACACCUCCUAAUUUAGCCCAAAGUGGAAGUCAGAACGAACAGGUGUACGAUUUCCCACCUGGAUUCCGAAUGGUAGCUGGUAAUCCCUCCAGAACAACAUACAACGCUUCCAACUACGCCGACAAAGCCAUUUCAUAUGUCUGUUUGGGAGUAAACGGUGCGCCGGAAACCGGCGAAUUCCCUAAACAAAGUUGUCCAAAUGACCUUCGAGCUCAAGUAUUCUUCCCUAAUUGCUGGGACGGAGUGAACAACUGGCUACCUAAUUCCGCUCAUGUCCACUACCCCUUAUCUCAAGGAUAUAAUUCUGGUGGACCCUGCCCGGCAAGUCAUCCGAAAAGGAUUCUAAGUGUAUUCUACGAAUUCCAUUUCACCGAUCGAUUCACUUACAAGGACGGAGCGAGAGUGUGGGCCACGGGGGAUGAUGUGGGUUACUCGUUACAUGGAGACUUUACAAUGGGUUGGCCAAAAGGUUUCUUACCUAAGGUGUUUCCCUAUGGGGAGACCUGUGCGGUAGAUUUCUCGUUGGAGAAUUGUCCGCCUUUGAAACCACUUAUGACUACGAAUGGGUCAGCUUGUAGACCUGAUGAAGGGUUUCAAAUCGUCAAUGAGGACAUCGGUACCAACAACCCAAUUGCAAAGUUACCAGGGAAUAACCCAGUAUGGGGCAGGAAUGGAGCUAAGAAACCUGAUCCAAAUUACAAAGAGACUGCUACAUUCACCACGUCCACCAUACCAGUGCCCGCCGGAUGGACAAAGCUUGGUUGUCUGGCUGAACCUAAAGGAUCCCGAGCAUUGACGGGAGCGUCGAUGACUGAUCAGACGAUGACGCCCACGAAAUGUAUGAAUUUUUGUUCAUCUAAGGGAUUCAGUCUGGCAGGUGUCGAAUGGUCAGUAGAAUGCUACUGCGGCAACACGACUACCAAGACAACCCUAUCAGCGAUAAACAACAAUCUUGCAUGUAACAUGCCUUGUAAUGGAUUAGAUUACUCCGCAGGGUAUUGUGGUGGCUCUUCGUUGUUGACGAUAUAUCAGAAAUCAGGAAAUUCAGUGUCCAAAGCUGCCUCUUCAUCUUCUUCAGUGUCUAAAGCGAGCUCGAUUUCCAGAGCCAGCUCGACGUCCAAAGCGACUUCAACAGCAGCAAAAGCCACUAGUACUGCUAGAACCUCUUCAGCUACCUCUAAAGCACCGGCAUCAUCUGCGAAACGCACUUUACAGGCCAAGGGCACCUCUUCCACGUCGAAGCCCAGUUCAGCGACCUCGACUUCUACAGCCAAAUUAGCAGGCCACAAGAGGAGGGAAGUGCAUUGA